CUUGGGAAGAGACCAUGUUCUCGUCAGCACGGCAGCUCACAUGAACAGAGCACACGAGCACGAAGAGCGUCCUCAGGUCCUCAAUGUUGCGACGAUCGGCAUGACGUCUCCACGACUGUCGCCACUGGCCAUCCUCCUCCUCCUUCUCGUCUCGCUGAUGCUCUGCGGUGACUUGACGCCCAAAGUUGCGGCAACACCGACACUCAGUGACCCGGGCAACAUUACAUUCACCACGGAACGCCUGAGCUUCGCGCUCGAGGACUGGAAGUGCGCCGAGUUGAUGCACCGGGAUCGGGGCCUCGUGCCGUGCGGGCUCGUCAAGCACCGAGACCACAAGUGGACAUACUGGAUCGAGGAGGGUGGCUUCUUUGAGUCGUGCGCCUUUGAUUAUGCCCGGUACUUGCGUCUCGAGCUGCUUGUUGCACCCCCCAUCAUUGUCAACAACGCCACAAUCCAAUUUGCGCCACCAACAGCGACGACAACAACAAUGACAACAACAACAACUACAACGACAACAACUACAACGACAACAGAACCUGGGGUCACUGAUUCCCCCGACGUCACGAACAAUAAUGGCAACCCCACUCUCAAGACAAUCGGCAUCCGCAUGGACUUUGACGUGUUCGACCCGGAGCUGUGCUGGUCAUCCACAAACUGCGACGGCGACGCCCACGUGGUCAUUGUCGACAACGACGUCUUCCACAAGCAUAUUCCACGCGCCCACGCCCUCUGGCUGCCCAUGGACAGGCAGGCGUUUCUCAAGGCCACCCUCUACGCCGGCUACCUGGUUCCGGGGGUGCUGUUCCACAGCAAGUUCAAGGCCCCGAACCUCAACAAGACCAUUGUCCUCCACGACGUCGACGACGUCAAGUCCGUCUCCAUGCUGUUCUUCGACGCUGGUAGCUGUACCAUCAUCCGGAACAUCACCGUCCUCCGCAACAUGAUGUGCCCUGAGGUCACCAGCCUCUACAACGCCUCCUUUCCCGAGGCGCGCGUGGGCGACGUCAUCACUGGCACGUGCCACCCCGGCCUUGCCUCAUCCACGCCAGUCAUUGCCAACUGCACCUUUGAUCGCGGUCUGCAGUUCGUCUCUGGCGCAUGCGAGCCUGUCCGUAACGUCACCGAGACCAUCGACCUGACCAACAGCACAACAAGCAGCAAGCCGUUCAUGUCACGGACAGCGUUCAUCGCAACCACUGCCACCCUGAGUGGUGUCGUGUUUCUCACCCUCAUUGUCGUCAUGGCCAUGUGCACUCAGCGGCGCUCGGACUACAGCUGA